UAAUGAGUAUACAAGACUUCUUUCGAGGGCAUAAUGUCCUGGUAACCGGCGCGACCGGAUUUAUGGGCAAAGUUUUAAUCGAAAAACUAGUUCGGUCCUGUCCAGAUAUCGGUAAAAUCUUUCUUUUGAUGAGACAUAAAAAAGGAAAAGACACGGCUUCUAGAAUCAAUGAAAUUUUGGACGUUCCAUUAUUCGACACGAUCAAAGAACAAAAGCCUGGUCUCAUGGAGGAAAAGUUGAAGGCCGUGUUGGGUGACAUGACCGAACUGCGAUUAGGAUUGUCGGACGAAGAUUAUGAUUUUUUGGCGGAAAACGUUUCGAUCGUCUUCCACGUAGCUGCCAGUGUCCGUUUUGAUGAGCCAAUACGUGAUGCGACGAUCAUGAACGUGAGGGGAACACGCGAAGUUGUGCAGUUAGCCAAGAAAAUGAAAAAUUUAAAGGUAAGUCUNNNNGUGUCAACUGCGUAUUGUAAUUGUAUCAGAGAAACUGUCGAAGAAAGAGUUUACGAAUCACCAAUUGGUUGGCGAGAAGUAAUCUCAAUUGCUGAAAAUCUAGAUCCGACUAUGACUAGUAUUUUAACAAAAAAGUUUUUAGGAUCGUAUCCAAAUACAUACACGCUGACAAAAUUACUCGCUGAACAAAUAAUUAACGAAGAACGAAAUAACAUACCGGUGGUGAUAUUUAGACCAUCAAUCGUACCUUUUUUCCAUUUUAGGCGCUUGUUACCUUUGCAACAAAAAAUCUAUAUAAUAACGAUGGCUUUAUCUUACUUUACAACAAAAGCUUGGAAAUUUGAAAACUCAAAGUUUUUGGGAUUAAUCGAUAAGAUACCAGAAGUGGAUCGCAAAGAGUUCGACUAUAGUUUCAAAGAUAUAGACAUCACCGAAUUUAUGAAAAAUGCGACAAUCGGCUGUCAGAAGUAUCUGUUUAAUUUUGAAGAGUCAAAACUACCAUAUGCGAAAAAACUAUUUAAUCGGUUUAUAUGGAUGGACAGAAUAUUAAAAACGUUCCGCGCAAUCAUUUUUGUGUACGUUUUAUUUUAUUUCAAUAUUAUACCAAGGACAUUCCUCCCUGAUAUAAUUUGUUGUUUUUAAUUAAUUUAGUCCAAUUUUYAUUUUAACUUUUAAGGAUAUUAACUUAUUGGGAAACAUGUUUUCAUAUUUAUGUAAUAUAUAUUUAUAUAUGUGUAACUAUUCGGUAUGAUGAUUGUUCUUGUUUUUGUUUCAAAAUAUUGUCAUUAUAAUAAACAGCUCUGAAUGUAAUAAUUGAAUGUUCUCAAAUACCUCAUCGGCUCAAUAUAAAAACUUCUCCGAUUUAUACAAAUUUCCAAAAAUAUAGUUGUUAGCAAUAAGAAUCUAGUUUUGUAUUAGCUUGUAUUUUUUGUUUUUGUUUAUUUUAAUUUAUGUUAUAAUCAUCUUAAAUAA